AUGUUUGAAAUUGCUUCACAAAAUUACAUUAAAUUCGCAGAUCUUGGAUGGUUUAAAAAAUCAAAUAAAGUAACUGCUUCGGAUCAUAAAGUUCAUGAAAUCGUAAAUAUUCAACGGUCAGAUGUUGAAAUUUUAGAUUCUUCAAAAAGACGUAAAAUUAAAAGUUCUGAUGUACUGUUGAGACUUAAGAAAAUUUCUAGCAGAGGAUCUUUGUUUAAACAAUUCAAAUAUGCUAUAAAUGUCGAGGAUUCUCAUUAUUCCAUAUUAAACCCUACCAAGGAAGUAUCUAAAAGAGCUUCAAUAAAAUAUCAAAGAAUAUAUACAGGUCAUUUGGUCAUAAAUUCAGUAAUACACACCGAAGGUCGUAUAGAAAAUAAACCUACUACUAUUCCAUAUUUUCAGCACCGAUUAGUAGAUGAAAUUUCAAUUAUUAUUUUCAAAUAUGUAGAAUCUCCUAUGAAUUUAAUGCUGACAUGUAAAAAUUGGUAUAAAAUUUCAAUUGAUCAACAAGCAAGAGCAAAAUGGAUUAUUUAUAAAUAUGGUCACGCACAUGCCCUUUUCUAUGCAAUCAAACUUGGUCCAAAUUUUAUUAAUUUACCCGUUGCUCGGGCAAUCAUCGCCAAUAAAGCUAUAAUAUCUAGAUAUUUUAUUCAACGGCUUCUUUUACAUUUUGGAAAAUUGGAUAAUGAUCUUGUUACGUUAAAAAUGGAAUACAACAGCAAUUCUGGACGCGUGAAUAAUACUUUAUCUCAAAACAUUCAACAAAGCACAAAACAACCUUGGGCCAGCGAUUUAGGAAUGUCAGUGUUUUUAUAUAUACUAAAGAUGGCUGCGGAACAAUUUAGUGAAAUGCAACUUUCUUUGAAGGGAAAUGAUUUGGAAUUGUUUCACUUUUUAUCUGCAGGACCAUAUGGUCUUAAAGAAGCUAAAAUUAGAUAUCGCAGUAUUUGUGAAGAUGUUAAUAGAUUAGUCAUGAAAGGUGCUCUUAUUAUGCUUUUUUCUCCAGCAUCUGCAACUAACUGGACACCACCAAAUCCUGAGGAAGUAGUUGAACGACUUUCUGAAUUGAUUAAGCUUGGAUUUGUUUUGGAUUAUACCGUUAUUGUAGAAAUAUUGUUGAUUGAAAGACAAUCGGUUGAGAUUGGAAAUACAAUGAUAAAGGCAUUUUUACAGAUAAAAAAUGAAUCACUAGAAGAAUUUUUACAUCAAUGUUUAAUUGAAUUAUUUCGAGCGUUUCGAUUGGACAAAAGUCUGAAAAAGGCCUACGUUCUGGAUUUUUUGUAUUCGUUGAUUGACAAAGAUCAUGAAGAAGUAUUUUUUAAAGCCAUGGAAUUUGAUCUUGAAAAUAGAUUAGAUGACAAUAUUGAGAAUCCAUUUACAAAUUUGAAAUUCCCAGCUUUUUAUUACAGCUGGAUUUUAAGUAAAUUUGGGCCAGUCACUAAAAUUACAAAUUGGUGCUUUAACGAUAUUUUGGAGAAAAGAGUUAAUGUUGAUAUUUUCGUUCAACAACACCAACAAAAUUAUUUCCUAAAUGAACAACCUGAAAAUAAUUUCAAAAAAAUAUGUGUUGCAUUUAAGAACUAUUCCAAUACUAUAAACUUCUUUAAGCCUUCGCAUUUGAAUAUUAUCAAACAAGCUACUAAUGUCGAUAUAAUUGAUGGAUUAAAACACUAUUUAACUAAAUUAUUCAUGCAACAAUUGCAAAAUUCUGUCGAAUGUUCGGAUAAAAUAGAUAUUGAUAAUGUUUCAUCAUUUACUCAUAAACGAAAAAGAGAUGAUCCAGAGUUGAAUAAUUGGUAUAAUGAAAUUAGAAAAUUACAUUAUGACCUAAAUAGUUCUUUAAUGUCGAAUGAAUUUAGUGAAUUUUUAAAGGGCAUUUGGGAAAUAAUUAACGGCUCAACCUUUGUUCUAAGUCGUGAUGCGGACGAAACAGAUGGUCUAAAAGAAUAA